CUUGCCUCCGGUGUCGCUUAGAAGCAAAUCAACCAUUGACCAUCACCGUUUUUUGCCAAUUAAGAGCCUCAAACAACACGACACAUUUCGGAAAGCAAUCGCACACAUUCAAUUGCGCUUUUGCAAGCUCCCUCGGUGACAGAGAAGCCUUUUUGCAUACCCUGUCCUCCCCCCCCCCCCCCCCCCCCCCACAUCCCUCGACUAAGUGUGAAGCACAAACUCGAUCUGAAGACCAGACGCUCGCUCCCCGCAUUUCAACGGCUCAACCCUCCUCCUCCUUCUCCUACUUCGCCUCUCUCCACCACUAUGCCCAUCACAUUACAAAGAGCAGUCGCCCCGGCGUCACGAUUUGUCCCAAGAAGCUUGUUCCGGUCUGCCCAGACACCGUUUAUCCCGUUUACACUGAGAGCCGCCUCCACCAUGGUUCCCAAGCUUAAAGACCCGUCAUUGCUCAAGCAGGACGUCUGCUAUGUCAACGGCGAAUGGAUCAAGGCCAAGUCUGGCAAGACCUUUGAUGUGACCGACCCGGCCACCGGCGAGAAGAUCGCCUCUUGCCCCGAGUUCGCCAAGGCCGACACCGACGCCGCCAUCGCCGCCGCCGCCACGGCUUUCGAGACCUUCCGCACCAAGACCGGCCGCGAGCGCUCCAAGCUGCUGCGCAAGUGGUACGACCUGCUGAUGGAAAACGCCGAGGACCUCACCACUCUCAUCACUUGGGAGAACGGCAAGCCCGUCGCCGACGCCAAGGGCGAGGUCACCUACGCCGCCAACUUCUUCGAGUGGUUCAGCGAGGAGGCGCCCCGCAUCUACGGCGACACCAUCCCCUCCUCCGUGCCCGGGAACCGCGUGUGGACCAUCAAGGAGCCCGUCGGCGUCUGUGGCCUCAUCACGCCAUGGAACUUCCCCGCCGCCAUGAUCACCCGCAAGAUCGGCCCAGCCCUCGCCACCGGCUGCACCGUCGUCUGCAAGGCCCCCGGCGAGACCCCCUUCACCUCCCUCGCCAUUGCCGAGCUGGGCCACCGCGCCGGCAUCCCCAAGGGCGUCGUCAACAUCGUUACCGCCCUCGACAAAACCCCUGAGGUCGGCGAGGCCCUGACCGCCAACCCGACCGUUAAGAAGAUCUCCUUCACCGGCUCCACCAACGUCGGCAAGCUACUCAUGCGCCAGUGCGCCGGCACCCUCAAGAAGAUGUCCAUGGAGCUUGGCGGCAACGCCCCCUUCAUCGUCUUCGAUGACGCCGACGUCGAUGCUGCCGUCGCCGGCGCCGUCGCCUCCAAGUUCCGCUCCUCGGGCCAGACCUGCGUCUGCGCCAACCGCAUCUACGUCCAGAGCGGCGUCUAUGACGAGUUCGCCGACAAGUUCGCCGCCAAGGUCCGCGAGUUCAAGGUCGGCAACGGCUUCGACAACGGCACCACCCAUGGCCCUCUCAUCCACGACCGCGCCGUCGAUAAGGUCGAGGCCCACAUCCGCGACGCUGAGCGCAAGGGCGGCAAGGUCGUCGUCGGCGGCGGCAAGAUCGCGCGCCUGGGCGCCAACUUUUACGAACCCACCGUCAUCACGGGCAUGACCGGCGACAUGGCCAUGGCGAGCGAGGAGACCUUUGGCCCCGUCGCUGGCCUCUUCUCCUUCGACACCGAAGACGAGGUCGUGAAGCUGGCCAACGCCACCAACGUCGGCCUAGCGGGCUACUUCUUCUCCCGUGACAUCCAGCGCGUUCACCGCAUCGCCGAGCACCUCGAGGUCGGCAUGGUCGGCGUCAACACGGGGCUUAUCUCUGACCCGGCCUCGCCGUUCGGCGGCGUCAAGGAGUCCGGCUUCGGCCGCGAGGGGUCGCUGUACGGCAUCUCCGAGUACCAGGUGACCAAGAUGGUCACGUACGGCGGUAUGGGCCAGCCUCUCCAAAAGUAAAGUGCGGCAAUGCGUCGUCACCUAUAUAUAAAAAAGAAGAAGAAAAAAAGGAGUGUUUAGCGGGCGACAUCGGGAAAGGCGUUGAAAUUUACACGGGGUUGGAUCUUUCAGUGUUGCAACACAAUUCAACCAUCCUUCGACACGAGGCUUAGUAAACAUGCACAACCCCCUGUGUGGCAGCUAUUAAGCUAUACUUCCGAUAUAGUUCAAGGGGAGUACGUCUUUAGCCUAGAAGUAAGCUGUUCAAGGGCUGAAUGUGACCAUGGAGGGUAUCUUUCUCGUUUUAUUAUACACAUCUAUACAACGGAUUUAUCCAUUUUUACAGGUCCGACACGGCAUCCUCGCAGCGAGCGCACAGCGCGUCCUCCUUGGGCGCGAUGUACCGCCAGCACCGAGAGCACUUGUGCUCCUUCGGCGGCAGCACGGACACGGUUCCCUUGGCGCCGUUGACCUCGAACGCCUCAUCGUAGCGCCACUCGCUCUCGGAGGGGAUCUCCGCGUUCGUCUCGACGGACGACACGACGAACAUGGCCUCCAGCUCGUUGCCGUACUUGCCCAGCACGCCGGCGACCGCCUGGUCCUCAGUGGUUAUGACUACCGAGGACUGGAGCGACGACCCGAGGACCUUGGCCAGACGGCCCUUCUCGAGCGCCGCUUUGACGGCGCCGGAGACGGACAUGAGCACCGGGAGGUCCCUGCGGAU